CUUUUUGAGCCUCUGUGCUAUUCAUAACCUCGACGAGUCAAUAUGAAUAAUAUUUUUAUUCUUAUAAAUAUUGAUACUUUCUGAUUUACCGAAAAAUUCUUAAAAUGAAAUGGGGCAGCUUAUGUAUUUAGGGCUUGUUAAACAGAACUCACUGCCAGUUUUUCAAAUAACCGAAUCAAGCGUACGGGUUGUUUAUUCAUUGCUAUUCUUUGGUAAAGCGAGAUGGCAAUUGAAAGACUAUGCUGUAUUCUUAUUUUAAGCGAAAUAUACAGACACAAUAUUCCUAUGAAGAGCCCGAGUAUUCUCGGCGCUAUCUAUCUUUAAACUGACCUAAAGAACGAUACGAUGUUUUAUAAGGAAUUCAGAUAGUUUAGAUUAAACUGAUGUCUAAAAAUUGAAUUAAUUUGCAGUUUUUAUUAUUAUUAUUUUUUACAGCUCGUUAAGCAGAAGAAAAUAGUCAUCUUGCUAGAUGGCUAUAAAGAGUGGCACUUUAUAAAAAACUCUACCAGGAACAUUUUUGAAAUCAACUGUGUUGAUGAACUCAAUUUGUAUUAUUUUGUCAGAACAAAAAGAGAAUUAUGCCAAAUGUUAAAAUAAGGCUAGUAUCGGCUAAAAACUUAAAAUUAGUAUCAGCCAACACCACCCAAGGAGUGUGUUGUGUUUGUUAUCUAGACAUGACACGUUCAUGUAUUUAUCCAAUAAAGCCACCAUCUAGUAAAAAUGAAGCUGAGAACCCAGUCUUCAACCAAGAGAUCACUUUGACAACGAGCAAUCCUUUUGAGAAUAUGUUGCAUAUCUCGGUUUUUGACAAAAAUAAACGUUCGAAGGAUAUUCUGAUUGGCGAAACUCGAAUCAGUCUCAGGAACCUCACUAACGAGCGCGAGCAUUUGGCUUGGUAUAAACUAAACGCCCAUUCAUCUGAAAUAUUGGUUGGCCUUAAGGCUGUCGAUUUCUCCACAGCCCAGCAGUACAAGGGUACUCAAGAACUGAAACAAAAGGCCUAUUCUCCAGACCAUGCGAUGGCAAAAAUGAAUGAGAAUUGCGCCGGCGGGAUACCUCGCCUUGCUGUACAGUUAGAUCCGGGGUACAAUGCGAACAAUAUGGUUGCUAUGCAAGGACAAGCUCCGAAAGACAGGGUGGCUUCCUUUCCACGACAAAUUGUUCAAAAUCAACAGUCGCGUUUAAUGUAUCCGGGAUCCAUGCCCAAAAAUUAUUUGUACGACUCUCCUCAAUUAUUGUUACAGAAUCAAGAAUUCACUUGUCAAUCCGAUUUUAAAGAUAUGAAGUGCGCACCGUUACUGUGCUUGAAUGAAUCUCAGAUCCACAGAGAUUUUCCAAAUAUAGCAAGGGGUUCAUUUGGAGUCGUUUAUACUGGUAACGUUCAGGGAAUCAAAGACAAGGUCAUCAUUAAAGACAUGCAAAUAACCAAUUAUGUGAACAUUGAGAACUGGAAGAGAGAAGUGUCAAUAAUGAAUAGUGUUAGAUGUCCAUACGUUGUAGAAAUUUUAGGGUAUUCUUCUUCUCGCAACAUUCUUACAAUCAUCAUGGAGUAUAUGAAAAAGGGUAGUUUGUAUGAAGUUAUCCAUAUUCGAAAAGAGCCUAUUUCUAUUUUACUCAGGAUGCGCAUGGCCCGUCACUGUGCGCUUGGGCUCGCUCAUUUGCAUGCAGCUGGAAUUAUGCACAGAGACGUAAAGAGUAUGAACAUUUUGGUCUCAUCUGAUUAUGCAUGUAAGUUUACAGAUUUUGGAUGCGCGAAGUUAGUUAGUAGCCGAAACUUUGUCAACACUGCCAAUUCUGGAACACCAUUGUGGAUGGCACCUGAAGUAAAGGCAGGAAAUUAUAGUUUUAGUGCGGAUAUAUAUUCACUAGGUAUUGUUCUCUACGAAAUAUUUGAAAGAUGUUUACCUCAGUUUGAUCAAGUGCGCCAAACAGUUAUUUUUCCCAUUCACUUUCAGUCGAGCAACCUGGUUCUUCAGUGCGUUGAUCAGACGCCCCAGGUUAGACCUACUGCAGCUCAAAUUGUUAAGAAGCUCGAUAUAAUCAUUAGAAACAUCCUCAACAAGGUGAGGACGCUUAUUUCCCCAGAUGAAGAAAUUUUGCUGAAGCAGAAUGCUUUAACGUUUGGUUUCAACAAUCCGGAAAUGACUCAAGCCGACAGAGAGAUAAAUCAACUAUAUGUCUAUUUACUCAAUAAAGAAUCAGCUGAUGUAGAUAACCUAGUUAGAAUGGCGUUUAGUAAAUCAUCAGACCCUGUCGCACCAACCCCGAAUUCCAACCCAAUACACAUGGGCUACCCAAAUGUUUCACCACAGCAAUUGGGGAACCCUGCCGUCAACUCAGAACCUUCUAGAUUACCACCUCAAUACCAAGAUAUACUGGCACUCAAAAAUAAUCAGAAGAUUAAUCCUGCAUUUCACCCACAAUUUCGAGCAGUAUACCAACUCCAAAACGCGCAAUUCAACCCUACAGACGGAUUCGUUAAUCCUUCUAUCUCCGGCGAUUUUCAAGACAGUGCUCCGUUUCAUCAACACAAUCAAUAUGAUCCUGCAUUCAGAAAUAACGAAAAUGCAUUUUACCCUCUUCCCUGUCCCAUUAGCUCGGACCAGUUACAAAUUCAGCAGUCAGAUCCUCCUCAGAAUUACUGUGGCUAUGCAAAGUCUGAGAUAGUGGGUGUUGAUGAUUGUUCGAAUUCUGAUCAUUUUUCAGAGGGCCAGCUGUAUGACGUAGAUCGUAAAAGUUUUCCAGAAAGUCAAUUUAUCGAGCAACCGAAAGUCAACUCAAGUAAUCCAGAAUGUUCAUUCAACAAGGCCCCAAAUAAUAACAACUUUGAUUUCCAAGAUAAAAAGCGCAAUUCGUUCGAUAGAAAGUUAAUCCAAAAAAAGGACCAAGGCGUAUACAGCCUUGUGAAUUCUGAUCAAGGUAAUGUAUUGGACUAUCAUCGCCAAACUUCUGGCAAGAAUGACUUCUACGCCCCAGUAUUGGAAGAUACCCUAAAAAAUCAACACCUAUCCCUUAGUGCUGAAGGAACAGGCGUUAAUACGAAGACAUCACUUUCUGCAGACAACAGUAGACACGUUACACUAGAAAACGUGUACAACCCCUCUGCUAUACCGCCAACUAAAAUAUCCUUGGAUCAUCCAGAGAAUAUGUAUCCCUCUCUAGAUGGCCCUUCAGUUGCCUGUCGUCGCCCGUACUCGGAAUGGAUAAACAUCGAAAAAUAUAUAAUGUCUCAAGAUGCAACGCGACUUCAAGCUCUACUAAGCCAAUAUAACAUAGAUACUAGCCAGUGCACCUGUCUAGACGAUCUUCGUUUUUUACUGUCAAAAAAUGCUUACAAGAAUGACGCCCUAGUUAAAGAGUUGAUAUCGCUGUCGAAAGUUUUGCAAGACUAGCUGAUAAUUUGAAAUACGCUAGUGCCAACUCAACGAAGAACAGCUUAAAAUGUUAGCACAGAAAAAAACAUAGAACUUCACAGAUAGCAAGAAAAAAAUUUUAAAUUCUAGAUUCAGCCACACGCCAUAACAAACGCAAUCGUGUACGAUCAUCGUCUUUAUAUGAAUAGAAAACCGAAUUCGGGCUACAGCUUUCCUAUACAAAAUAGCAACCAGAAAUAUCGAAUUGAUGACGUUGCUUAUAGUCUAUGGAUGACUGGACCAAAAAUCAAAACAGCCUGUUAAUUUACAUAAAAAAUUUCACCGUGUCAGAACAGAUUUUUUUUAAUUCGAGCUUU